AUGGUGAUAGCCACCUUCUAUGUCCUCUGGGAUAACAUAGUUAAGAGGGAGAAAGAGCCCUGCACGACAACUGCUGCAGCCGUAGAGAGGAGUGAGAAAAUGUUGCCUCGGAUCAGCGAUGUGGUUAGUGGUUACAGCCUGCACCGUGAUGUACAGAAAUACUUGGGAAAGUAUUUUGAAGUUCUUCUCAACGGUUUACUGGCUGAGAAGCAUACUGCCAAAAUGAAUUGUACAGAUUCAUGCACCUCAGAAUAUCAGUAUUAUUCCGACUACGCUUCUCUAAUCACACAACCUUGUUCUAAACUGGAAGUCAGGAACUUCACAAAAGCAUUUCUACCAGUUGCGUAUUCGUUGAUUUGUAUCAUCGGCUUAGUUGGUAACAUCUUCGUAGUGAUGACCUUUGCUUUAUAUGAAAGAACCAAGUCCAUGACGGAUGUGUACCUCCUCAACAUGGCCAUAGCAGACAUAUUGUUUGUUCUCACUCUUCCACUGUGGGCAGUGAAUUAUGCUACCGAUAAAUGGAUUUUUGGUGAUUUCAUUUGCAAAAUCACCAGAGGUAUCUAUGCAAUCAACUUCAGCUGUGGCAUGUUGCUUCUGGCCUUUAUCAGCGUGGACCGGUACAUUGCUAUUGUACAGGCAACAAAGUCGUUUAAACUCAGGGCAAGAACACUCGCAUACAGUAAACUCAUUUGUUUGGCUGUGUGGGUAUCAUCAAUUUUAAUCUCUACUUCCUCUUUCCUAUACAGUGAAAGUUACAGCUUCUCCAUCAAUGAAACCAAAGAGAUUUGUGAUCAGAAAUUUGAUAGAAUGUCUGAAAGCACAAUGUUGAAAUCACUGCUGUUGUGUCUACAAGUUGGAUUUGGAUUUUUCGUACCUUUCAUAUUUAUGAUUUUUUGUUAUACAGUCAUUGUGAAAUCCUUACAACAAGCUCAGAAUUCCAAGAGAAACAAAGCAAUCCGUGUGAUUAUAUUAAUUGUAGCGGUUUUCCUAGUUUGCCAGGUACCUUAUAAUAUUGUUCUUCUCGUGACAGCCAUAAAUAUGGGCAAGAUAGACAAAUCUUGUGAAAGUGACAAGAUAAUGGCCUAUGCGAAAUACACCACAGAAGCUAUAGCAUUUUUACAUUGUUGCAUGAACCCUGUGCUUUAUGCAUUUAUUGGAGUGAAGUUCAGAAGUUAUUUUGUGAAGAUAAUGAAGGACCUAUAUUGCAUAAGAUACAAGAAAUACUAUAAGCGUGGUUCAAGGACAAACUCUGAUAUUUAUCAUUCAAGACAGACUAGUGAAACUCUCACUGACAACGGGUCUUCCUUUACUAUGUAAUACAAUUUGAACACAUAACUACUGAAGGACUCUUCUCACUGAGCAACCCAUACCAGUGUCACUGCUUGUGACUGCAAGUCAUUUGGGCUUCUCUGACCUUUAAGGGAGCUGCCACAAUCUACAGCUCCUCUCAGGAAAAGAAUUACAAUAAAAGAAUAGCACAGUCCUAUGGAAAAUUGAACUCUUAUUCACCUCUCUAACAUUCACUGUCUCCUAAAGUGCAGUCUGUUAGAAUUAUCAGGAAAAUGAAGUUUGCAGAGGAACCUCCCUUGUUUUCUAAGGAAAAAUUGCAUUUCAUCUGUCCUACAUCACUGAAAUAUCCCCAAAAUACUAAGCAAAUGAAUCAGUCUAUGUCCAAGCUCAUUCUACUUAUGUUUAUGUGGUUUCUGUCAAUUACUUCUCCUGGAAAUCCUAUUUAAGUGUAGAUCUACACUCUGCUUUUGUUGCAGACAGGUCACGCUGUGACAAUACUAAUCUAAAGAGAUGGCAUUUUGAGCAAAGUAUGGCAAGGAAAACAAACAGAAGUGAACAAACAGGUUCAAGGCUGCUGGCAUAGCUGGUCUUAGGUGUUAGGUCUUGUAGACCCAGCACUACACUCCCCCCCUGCUCAUCGGGUCCUGCUUAAACCAAGGCUAAGGCUGGUCAAAGCCAACAGUGU